GACCCACGCUGGGAAGACUCGUCGGACCACCACCAGUGCAUUCCCCUCCGAAACUACCUGCCGUCUCCGAGCUCCCAGCGCAUCUCGACCUCGCCGGCGGCGGAACACGAUGGCGGCGUUUCUGGGCCGGCGGUUCGGCAUGGCGGCAGCGGCGGCAACGUUCCUCGCCCUCGCGGCCUUCGGAUCCGCCUCGGAGUCGUCGUCCAAGUCGGCCUUCGUGAAAUCCACCGUCAAAGCCCACGACGUCGUCAUCUUCUCCAAGUCCUACUGCCCGUAUUGUAGAAGGGCAAAAGCUGUGUUCAAGGAACUUCAAUUGAAGAAGGACCCGUAUGUUGUCGAGCUUGAUCAGCGAGAGGAUGGUGGGGAAAUUCAGGAUGCAUUAUCCGACAUGGUUGGCAGGCGCACUGUUCCUCAAGUUUUUGUCCGUGGAAAGCACUUGGGAGGCUCUGAUGAUACUGUUGACGCUUAUGAAAGUGGGGAGCUCGCUAAACUUCUGAAUAUUAGUGUCAAGGAAGAUCUUUGAAAGUGGAAGCUCUUGUUUUCAUGUACUCGAGGCAUUGCUAUGCGACUCUGGAUUUGCAAUUGCCUAGAGUCUAUCACUGAUAUCUGUAUCACCGUUCAGACGGUCUUGACCGUACUUUUGUGGCAGUCCCUUGGAUAGAUCAUCUCACGUCUUAAUUCUAUCAUUUGCUUCUUGACAUGCUGAUAGUUUGCAUUUCAAGCACCAACCCCAGACCAUUUAUGCAUCACUUUACAGUCUUACACAGCAAAUUGAAAUUUGUUCUGUCCUAUCAGACAUAGCUCGCCUGUCCUUGAAGCUUAGCACUGUCUACAAUAUGUAUGAGUCAUACAAUACUAAUUUACCAGAUCGGAAAGAAAUUAUGCUGAAAA